CUUACAUAAUAUCUGUAUUUCAGUGAUCAUUUGGGAAAGGAGUUGGUAACUCGUUACAGCGUGUAUCAAAUGGCAACCAACGCAACAUUCUACACUGACUCCAAUGGACGAGAAAUGUUAAAGCGAGUGUUGAACCAAAGGCCAACUUACAAGACCCAGUUAGAAGAGCCAAUUGCCGGGAACUAUUAUCCUGUCUCUACACGUAUUAUGCUAAAAGAUGACAAGUCACAUUUUUCCAUCAUCACUGACAGAUCACAAGGAGGUACAAGUCUUCGAGAUGGUGAAAUGGAGCUCAUGCUGCAUCGAAGGAUGUUGCAUGAUGAUGCAUUUGGUGUGGAUGAAGCAUUGAAUGAGCAGGCGUUUGGGAGAGGUCUGGUGGCUAGGGGCACACACUACCUGACAGGUGGCUCAAGUGACAGUCAAGCGGCAGAAAGACGUUUGGUACAAGAGCAUGUUCUGGCCGCCUGGACGUUCUUCACCCCCACUACCCUCAGUCUAGCCGAGUGGCAGGCAGCUUAUUACAUGGAGUUCUCAGGUCUGAAGACGGCUCUCCCUGACAAUGUGCAGAUACUCACCUUGGAGCCGUGGAAGGGAACCAGCUUCCUGCUACGUCUUGAGCACAUUCUGGAGAAGGAUGAUGACGAGGAUGCUACUGAACCAGUAGUUGUUAACUUGCAGGAGAUAUUCCAACCAUUUACAAUACGUGAGGUGCGGGAGACAACACUUGGAGCCAAUCAAUGGUUGGAGGAUGUCUCACGACUUGUGUGGAAGAAAGAGGACAAUCAAGUGGAUAAUCAUGAGACAGCCAGCAAGUCUCCACUGCAGGAUGUGCCUGUUGUCUCUCUUACUCCAAUGGCCAUCAAGACUUUUAUUGUUGAAGUCUCAUUUCAAGUCUGAUUACUUGUUGUAAUAUGAUAAGAAUAAAAAAACUAAUUAUAAUGAUAAUUUUUUA